AUGGGCCUCAUCAAGAUUCUUCUCAAAGCCAUCCUCAUUCCCAUUGUCGUUCUCGUCGUUAUCACCGUUGUUGUGAUCGUUCUCAUCAAAAUGCGUCGCGAGAAAAAGGAGGAACAAAGACAGAUCCAAAAACACUCGUUCCAGCCACCUCCUAUCACACAGUGGGCCAACGACAAUUAUCCUCAAGAGCCAGAACCGGUAGUCUACCCUGCAGCUACGCCGGGUCAGAUGGAACAGGGAGCUUUCCAUGCAAAAUGA